AUGCUAAGACAAAGAUCUACAGUUUACUAUACACAACAACCAAAGAGCUCUUUCUCUUCUUUGUCUGCCUCGUCUGCCUCUCUUUCGGCUGCCAACUUGAUUGAGUUUCUCAACUCUACUGAUUUGGAACUUAAAUUGCCACUGGAUAAGGAAGGAAAUGAAAAAAUAUUUAUCGAAGAUAAAUUUACCAUUUCACUCGCUCAACCAAUUGAAUAUAUUCUGCAAUUGCGGAUUCAAUCCAAGAAUGUUGACCAGGAUGAAGAUGACUCCAGUAUUGAUUUAUUCCCAUUUGACUAUUCCUCUGGUUUGAAUGUUUAUGUCACACCAAAGACUGCAAUUUCCAAAACUGAUUUGAAAUUAAAGGAAAAAAUUUUAAAAGAAAUAAACCUGAUCUUGGCAGAUUUGAUUGGAACAGAAAUAGACGAAAAAAAUUGGAACGAUUCUUUAAAUACAUUGCAUUAUUAUGAUUUACAACCUGGUAAAUUGAAUACAUCUUCAACAUAUUUGAAUACUCUUCCAAAUAAAGAGCUUGACUCAACCGCCACAUUUGACUUGAUAUAUAAUGAUUUUCUCGCACCAAAACAAAUGAUUUUACGCCAACUACAUACUAAAGUUGAAAAAGUUAGUUACACCACGACUGAUAAUGUUUAUAAGGAAAUAGGAUUAUUUGCAAAAGACCCAAGCUUUACACUAAGCAACGACGAUAUAGCAUUGAGCGGAAUGAGAGUGAUAUUUGAUGGAAGGCCAGUUGAAACGAAUGGAGAUAAUAGGCACAAGACAUUGUUUCACGUUAAGCCAAGACAUCGAUAUUUGACAAGUAAAGUCAAGACCCAGGUAAAAAUUCCCUCUGGAUUGCACCCAUUAUUGAAAAGUACUCUUGUUUUGGAUGAAACCAAUAAAGAUGAAUUGCCACUUCAAGACGAGGAUGUCAAAGAGUGCCGAUUAUAUUAUCAUCUCAAUUUGAACAAGUCGUUAAUCUUUGAUAAGUACCAGGAUAUCCCACAAGACUCACAAUUGCAUGUUUAUAACGGUGUCAAAAAUCUAGAAUUACCAGAGUAUAAGGUUGAUGGAUGGGGUAAUGAACUCUUGUUUGAAUGGAACAACACUCUAGGCGGAUCUGCAACAAAUCAAAAUAGUGAUAAAGAUUCAACAACUCCACUUUAUGCCCCGGAAUCAACUGAGUUUGAAUUGAAGCUUCAUUCGAGGUAUCAAAAACCAGGAAAUAAUGAGCAACCUUACACACAAAUAUUCAAUGCACAUCCCCAUGUAUUUUAUGCUUGUAUUGUUAAAGAUGCUCAUUUAUUGGAGAAACUGCCAUUCGACACCAAGAAAUUAAGCAGAGUGGGUGGGGGCUAUGAAGCUUACUUUACCAACGAUACUGUUUUCUACCAUUUGUCACCAGAUGUAAGCAAACUGGAUCUUUUGACUGUGGAUAUUCCACAUGGUGUGACCACAUUUGACCGUGUUCAUUCUAUAACUCUUGUUACAUUGCUAUUGGGAGUUUUGAUUAUUGUCUCUGGAAUCUACAAAAAACUUGUAUCAUCAACUAAAGACGCCACAAGAAAUAAAGCAACUACAAAGUCCAAAAAAGAGUAA